AUGGCUUUAGCACAGUGGUGGUACAACAACAACUAUCACACAGCCCACAAGAUGACUCCCUUUGAAGCCCUAUUUGGAUAUCCACCCCCUAUCAUUCUUGUUGUCAUGCAUUUCACACCACUUGAGACCACAACGGAUCAGUAUUUGCAGGCUAGGCAAGAGGCCCUGCAAGUGAUCAAGAGAGAGCUUGCCACAACCCAGCAAAGGAUGAAGCAGAUGGCGGAUAGACACCGCACAAACAGGACUUUUGAGAUAGGUCCGGUGGCUUAUAAGUUGCUACCUCCAGAUGGUGUGAGGCUGCAUCCGGUGUUCCAUGUCUCCUUUUUGAAGAAGGCAGUGAGCACUACUGAAGGGGUAAGUCAGGAGGUACUGAAGUUGAUUGAAGAUCACAUAGUAGAAGUGGAGCCCAAGGCAGUGCUAGUUCGGAGGGUGGUUUACCAAGACUCCCUUCCUCUCAUAGAAGUCUUGGUGCAGUGGACCCAUCUGCACCUCAACAACAUCACUUGGGAGUACCUCCCAGACCUUCUCCAACAAUACCCCAGAGUGGCCAGCCUUCUCUGA